AUGCGCCAAUCACAAGCCAGUUCUCGCCAAACUCUUGGCGCGAUCGGUUGAUGUUAGUUCCGUGUCGGCCUAAACAAACAAAAUAUUACGAAUAAACCAUCUAUAUGGCUUCAUAAAGCUGUUCAUGGUGAAUUUAAAGUGUUUUCGCACAUAAUUAAGUGACUUAGGCCGAGUAACUUUAAAGCCGCGAAAUGUACGGGUUUGUUAACUAUGCGUUGGAGUUAUUGGUGAUGAAAGCUUAUGGAGUGGAAAUAUGGGAGAAAAUCAAGAAAAAGGCUGAGGUGGCAAUGGAAGGCUCAUUCCUUGUUCGGCAGAUAUAUGAUGAUGAAAUCACAUACAACCUCAUUACAGCUGCCGUUGAAGUAUUGCAGACACCAGCGAAUGAAAUACUUGAGCUAUUCGGUAUGACAUUCUUCGAGUUCUGUCAAGAUUCUGGCUAUGACAAGAUUCUUCAAGUCCUUGGAGCUACACCUCGCGAUUUCUUACAGAAUCUAGACGGUCUGCAUGACCACUUGGGUACACUAUACCCGGGUAUGCGCGCGCCGUCCUUCCGUUGUACGGAGCGGCCGGAAGAUGGCGCUUUGGUCCUUCAUUACUAUUCCGACAGGCCAGGACUCGAGCACAUCGUGAUUGGUAUUGUUAAGACAGUAACAAGCAAGCUGCAUAACACAGAAGUGCAGGUAGAAAUCCUGAAGACGAAAGAGGAGUGCGACCAUGUCCAGUACCUCAUCACUGAGACUUCUACUGGUAGAGGAACCGCGCCCGAGAUGGCAGAGAUACGGACUUUGUCUAAAGAACCGAAAGUCAGUCCAGCCACUUUUUGCCGCGUGUUUCCAUUCCACUUGAUGUUUGAUCGCGAGCUGAACAUCGUCCAAGCCGGUCGCUCCGUCACUCGACUCUUGCCGAGACUUAAUAAGCCCGGUUGCAAGAUCACCGAUGUUUUGGAGACGGUACGACCUCACCUUGAGAUGACAUUCGCUAAUGUGUUGGCUCACAUCAACACGGUGUAUGUUCUGAAGACGAAGCCGGAGGAAAUGAGCGUCAGUGAUCAUCAUGAGGACAUCGCUUCUUUAAGAUUGAAGGGCCAAAUGUUAUACAUCCCUGAAACUGACGUGGUUGUCUUCCAAUGCUACCCCAGUGUCACCAAUCUUGAUGAUCUGACACGUCGCGGCCUCUGCAUCUCCGACAUACCUCUGCACGACGCCACAAGAGACUUGGUGCUGAUGUCCGAGCAGUUCGAGGCUGACUACAAGCUCACUCAGAAUUUGGAGGUUCUCACGGACAAACUUCAGCACACAUAUAGGGAACUGGAGGCUGAGAAGCAGAAGACUGAUAGACUUCUAUACUCGGUAUUACCCAUGAGCGUGGCGACGGAACUACGUCACCGGCGUCCAGUGCCAGCGCGGAGAUACGACCCCGUGACCCUCCUGUUCAGCGGUAUCGUCGGAUUCGCCAACUACUGCGCCAGGAACAUCGACCACAAAGGCGCCAUGAAAAUUGUGAAAAUGCUCAAUGAUCUCUACACGGCUUUCGACGUGCUCACCGAUCCGAAGAGGAAUCCCGACGUUUAUAAGGUGGAAACAGUGGGUGACAAGUACAUGGCGGUAUCUGGUCUGCCUGAAUACAAAGAAGGUCACGCCAAGCACAUCUGCCUCCUCGCUCUGGAGAUGAUGGAUUUGUCCAAAACAGUCACUGUUGAUGGAGAACCUGUGGGAAUAACAAUCGGGAUCCACUCCGGCGAAGUGGUGACGGGAGUGAUCGGCCAUCGUAUGCCGCGGUACUGUCUCUUCGGGAACACUGUCAACCUGACGAGCAGAUGCGAGACCACCGGCGUGCCGGGGACUAUUAAUGUCAGCGAGGAUACGCACAGCUACCUUAUGCGUGAAGACAACAACGACGAACAAUUCGAACUGACAUACCGCGGUCAUGUCUCCAUGAAAGGAAAAGCAGUGCCGAUGCAGACCUGGUUCCUGACACGAAAAGCAAAAUAGGCCUAAACUGUUUAUGGCUUUAGAUCUCAUUAGUAUUGUAUUCAAUGUUUAGUAUGGCCUACUUUGGCCUACAAAUUUAUAUAGACUAUAUACCUAUCAAAAUUAAUGUUCUCUCGGCUUUAAACCAAAGAAAAAAUAUAAUUAAAUUAUCAUAGAAAAGGUUUUAAAGGACUUAAAGUCGAUUUUUUUACAAUGCAUUUUGUUUCACAUAUUAUUGAUUGUUUGAUUUUUCAAUCACAUUUUUGCAGCACGCUUGCGGUACAGAUUUGCAUAUGUUGUAUGGUAAAGAUGAUAUUUUAUGUUUACGAGAUUAUCAAAAUAUAUAUUUCAGAAAGAACUCACCAUUUAUUGGUUACGUAUUUGACAACCAAUAACAAACUUAUACUAAAAUUACUAUAGCUGUACUCACGCCUAAUAUUACGAUUGUUAGAUGUUAUUUAUUUAUAUAUUUUGUUGUUUAAGUUUGUGUCGAUUGUAAACUUAUCUAGUCAAUAUAUAAAUCUUAUUGGUGUUGUAUUUAUCGUUGUCGAGAUUUUAAAUGUCUAAAUAAAAUUAUAUUGAAUGUAA